AUGGUGGCUGCUGAGUCCAAUAGCACGCCGCUAGGCCGCACGAUUAAGGUGAUUAGAGGGACGCAACUCAAGUCAGUUCGAUGGGAUAGAACAUCUUCAGAAGGUGGUGACGAUGCUUCGUUCUCAAAAGAGCACUUCGUACUGGAACAGCUCGUGGAAGCAGGAUUGUAA